UUAAGAAUCAGUGCACAAUAAGACGCGAGGCGGAUUGCGUGGAUUUUCAAGACCAAGAUAAUUUUGAAACAGAUUAUACAUCAAGAAUAAAAGUUAAGCUAGCAACGAAAUAAUAAAGUAUUGAUAUGUUGUGAAAGACCACUAAAAAAAGAUUUAGAAAUGGGAAGGCUAUUAUCUUUCAUUUGCCUGGUCCUUGUUGGACUUUGCUUGGGAAAGGAACAUGUUGGUGGACGAAAAUCGAUCAUACCAAGACACAAAUCAGAACAUGGCUCUCUGUUUCAUAUCGUUGAGCCAACAGAGGGAAUUUUUAAACGUUCGAAAUUAGGCAAAGCAGACGAGUCGGGUACGCUGCAUUUGCUGGAGAACUUCCUGCUUGGAAAUAUAAAAAAACUUGAACUCAGUUCUAAGAAAACAGAUAUUGAGAGUCAAAAGGAAGUGGCAACGAUUGCUGAAGAUACUGUAGGGAAAGAUGUGCCGGUAGUAAGUUCUGAAGCAAGUGACAACAAAGAAGCUCCAAAUAAGGACUUAGGAGCAUCAAUAACCAAAGAAGAUCUUUUAAAGAAAAUCACAUCAAAGAGUAGCGCAGCUUCCGAGAAAAAAGCACAUAUCAAUGUCAAAGCAGGAAGUAAUGAAAAAGCAGGAAGUAAAUCAAAGGAGGAUAUUAGCAAAGAUACUGCGAAGGAACAUGUAACCGUGACUGGUGCUAAAAAAUCAAUAAUUAAGGAUAUAAAGAAUAAAAAAGGAAAAAACAAGGUGGAGGUAAAUGCCAUAAAACGGGACCAGACGGCAAAGAAAGAGCCUGAAGAUGAUGGGGAAUAUGGAAGUUCCCCAGGAAACCCAGCAAUGAGCUGCUCAGACUUGUUCACAAAAUUCCCAAAGCUGCCGUCUGGAAGUUAUUGGAUACAAACUGCAGACCACAAAGAAAAGAUGCUGCUUUUCUGUGAAAAGAAUGUAGAAUAUGUAAAACCAAACCUGGAUUCGGGAAAAGAAUGGAAGCCAAAAAAGGAAGGGCAGGCAAUGCUUAGCAGUUCUGGACCGCCUCCGGGAAUCGAAGCGGAUCCGGGUCAGCAGGGACCAAAAGUUAUCGUUCAUCCUGUGGUUGGCGAUCAUUUAACAAUGGGAAAUAACACUGGUCUAGCUGCUGGACCAGAGGACCCUGACCAACUGAAGGAUGGAAUGUGGCCAUACGAAUCUGUUACGAAAAUCCUACCCGAUGAAGCCGUAAAGAAUUCUUCAGAUUUAAAACUUCCUCCACUCCCAGCACCACAGCCACUGAUCCCCGCAAAAGAACCAAACCAGGCCCUCUUUUCACCAACAGCACCCUUAAAAGAUGGCUCAAAUGGUACAAUUAAUAGUACCAAAGAGGCCAAUAAUGGGACACAGGGUAAAAAUGGCGGGACGAAUUCAACAGCAGCUCCUGUCAAAGAAAAUACCAGCAAAACAACAAACGCGUCAGAGAUUGGUACGGGCAAAAAUGAAAGCAAAAAGUCCGCAAAGGAAGAAGAGAAGAAUUCCAACUCAAAUAAUACAGUGGAAGCAAGCAAGACUGCAAAGGAUGGAAAAGAUGAGAAGAAUGCGACAAAAAGUGGAGAAGAUGUGAAUGCAAAAACAGGGGUGGCUGUUAAACAGGGUGACGCUGCUACAAGUAACGCAUCGAAAGAAGCACAAAACCGUAAUACUACUGAAACAUCCGGUAACUCUGGUGCCCAAAAUAAACCUGCUAAAAAGGUGGAAGAUACAGAUAAUGCUAAAAUAGAGAACAAGGAUGCUGGUAAAGAAAUUACUAAGGAUACGCCUAAAGUAGAGAAGGCCAAGCAGGAACCCAGCGCAGGAGAAGGGAAAUUAGGAGCAGCUGAGGUUGCAAAGUCAAAAAACGAUGCUGCGACAACUUCAAAAGAAACUGCAUCAGCUGAAAAGGUGAAAAGUGAAAACGCAGAAAAUUUGAAGGAAAAAAAGCCAGCUGAAACUUCAAAUGUCCAGCCAAUUGCUGCAUCAUUAAACGCCGAGAAGGAACCGGCAUCGGGAAAGCUUGUAAACCCAGGUGCUAUUGCACAAAAACCUGGUGAUAAUGCGGGAUUAAAAAAUGUAAAAGAACCGGAAUCGAAAAAACCAGAGGCGGAAAAAAUAAAACUAGUUGAAAAUACAAAACUUGAUCAAGCGGUUAAUGAUAAGCCAGUCCCAGCAAAAACUGCCGCUGCAGGAAAUGAUGCUCCCAGCAAGGAGAUAGCACAAAGUAAGCCUGUUCCAAUUACAAAACAAGCACCCGCGCAAAGUAACAGCGAUAGUCUAGAGGACCUAUUUGCAGAUACUGGUGACAACAACGAACAGACUGCAGCGGUCAACAAGCCGGUAACAAGUAGCUCGGCUCCUGGAAAUAACCUUCCAAAUAAAGCAUCAGCCCCCUCCAUGCCAUCAGAUGGUUAUCUUGAACAACCUGAGUUGGGACUGAAUAAUUUAGCCAAACCAGGUAGUCAAGCGGCCCAAGCAAGUAAACCGGCAUUGGCUCCGGGAAACAACAUUCCGAACAAAGCACCAGCACCACUAAAUCCAUCUGUAAGUAUCGUAGAACAACCGGACCUGGGUUUGAAUAAGUUACCAGGGCCGGGCAACCAAGCCCAAGUUCCUGAGAUGACCCACGACAAAAUGAUCGAGCUAAGCUCGCCACCGAUUACAUCUCUUGGGCAUACAAACGUAGCUACCGAGAAAGAUCUUAGCUUGCCUUUCGAUCAUCCAGGUCUAGGUAGUCAAAUGAAACCGGGAAAUAUCGUUAACCAGUUCAUGCCUAAUCCGCAAGACAUCAACACUGUCAAACCAGGUCCAACUUUGAAACCAAAUUCAGCUUCUGUAAAUCCGGGUUUGGUCGUGACGAGACAACCUAGCAAGCCGACACCUCCACCUGCAGUUACCAAGGGUGCAACAACACUGCUUAAGCCGACUCUGUCACAAUUGAAGAAACCAGAGACACUGGAGGAGUUUGAAAAAGAGAGGCAAAAGAAUAAUGGCGCCUCACCUACUCUGGAAGAAGGCAAAAACAAACCUGGUUUGAACAAUGCUGAGAAAGAUAACACAAGCUGGGUUGAUGACUCUGCCUUUGGGUUACUGGGAGAUAUCCCAUGGGCAAGAGAUAAAGCCCCUGGGGCAAGAGAUAAAGCCCCUGGGGCACCGCAAAAGAAGAGCGCGGAGAAAGACAAGGAAGCAAAGGAGACAAAAAAUGAAAAGAAAGAAGACGAGAAGAGCGAUGCUAAAAUUAACGAGAAGAAAGUUGAAAAGAUCGGAAAAACUGGAGGAGAAGACAAGAAAAAUGACACAUCUAAAGCGAAGGAAAAUGCUGAGAAAAACAACACAAAAGAUGCCACCGAAGGCAAGGACAAAAAAGGUAGCGACAAAAUUACCAGUGGAAGUGGGGCAGCAGAGAAGAAUAAAACAAAAGUGAAUGAAGAAAAGAAAGACGAAGGAAAGAAGUCCGAAGGAAAAGGAGAGGGAAAAGAAGAUAAGAACGAUGCAAAGUUAGAAAACGCUGCAAAGUCGAUGAAUGCGACGAAUGGCACCACUAACAGUCGGGAAGGAAAAGGUACAGGUGUUACUGAUAAAACAAAGCAGAACAAAAAUGAAACUGUUUCUAAUGAAAGUAAACAGAAGGAAGUAGAAAAAGAUCAAAAGAAUAGCACCAGCAAUGUGUUGAAUUCUAAAGCAAGUUACCAAUACAUCGAGAACAAGACAACAACAUUGGAUAAUCAUGAGUAUCACGAGGCAUUAAACAAAGAUAAUGCUACGAAAAACGAAAAGGAGGCUAAAGACAAAGGGUAUCAGCAAGAAGAGUCAAAACAGGCUCAGAAUAUUGUUCCACAAACCAAUCAGGGAGCAGCGAUUGGCCCCGUGGGAUUACAAAACACACAGAACAUCCAGAAUUCAAAAGCGAACACAACGCUUCUAAGGCCUUCGAACGAGCAGUCAACGGCUUUUGGUAACAUCCACCAGGUUCCAGCUUCGUUUUCAGUGAACAACGCUCUGCCAUUGGCAGCUCUACCCCUUAAUGCACCUUCGCAGAGCAAUCCGCAGUUCUUUGUGAGUUCACCAGUGUCAAACCAAUCAACAACGACAACAACAAGCUUGCUGCCAGUUGAUCCCAAUACAGGGGAUAGAGUUCUUAAUACAACAUUAACUAUGGUUUCAUUGCAUGGAGACGAGGGCACUAUACCUGAAUCACAGAUUUCUGGCUCCGAUCAAGUCGACUGGAUGAAAAACAACGCUAGUGUAAAGGACAAGACAAAGGCUAUCACUAAAAACGUUAUAACUUCAAACAAACAGAAAGACUCUGUUGACAACAAAAUCACCAAGAAUGGGAAGAAGAAAUCAGAAAUUAACCACAAGCAAACACAACAAGAGGUAAAAGAUAUCAAGAAAGGGACAAAUAAAAAAAGUAUGGUGAAAAAAUUAGAUGCAGAUGAUCAUCAUCAGAGUGAGAAAGCAAAAGAAUUCUUCAAAAUAGAGGAAAAGGCAAAGAAAUCUGAAACUCUUCAGAAGCUGAGGAAAGCUUUAGAAGGAACAAAUGUUACUAUACAAAACGGAGUCUCUACUCAUAUGACCUUUAAAUCGUUUGUGCCAAGACUCAGUGUUGAUGACGUCAUAGACGAACAAAAGCGUAGCUCAAUACCUAUUCAUGGCAAAAAAGAAGUAGGUCGCAAAAGGUCCUGGGAGAAGAAACUUGGGAAGGUAAUGGGAGCAGUAGAGGGAUCAAAUUUCUCUAUUGAAAAUAGUGUCAAUUCUCAACUCACGUUCAAGUCUGAUAUAGCUCCUAUCAAGUUAAAUGUGCACGAUAAAAAAGAAAAGGAAAUAAGCAGUAAUGCUGGAAAAAAGGAAAAGGCAAAUAAAACAGAGGCAAGAAAUAAACCUAGCGUGAUGAAAGAUGGAAAAGGCGUCAAUGCUUGGUCUGGUAAGAAAACACAGAGGAAGAAACCCGAGAAAGUGCCGUACAAGUCAAGAAAGUCAAUAGCUAGUGGAGUUGGGCAGAAAAUCAUCAGAAAGGAAAAGAGUUCUAAGAGCAAACAGAAUUCUAAGAAACUGCAGAGAAAAACAAGAGAGAACAAGGCUAAAGACAAUAAGGCGUCAAGCCGUAGUGGUAUAACCAAUAGUAUGUUUAAAAACAAAAAAGGAGAGAAGACCACCUCUGUGAAAGGAAAUCAUUCCGAGGCCAGUCUCGUUUCAUCAUUCACUGAUUCUAAAAAUGCAAAGGAAUCGAAAUCUGUCACGCUGACAAACGUCAACAAGGAAGGAGUUCAACAGGGUACGGAUCAAAACGGAACGCUCAGUGUAUCUGCAAAAGAGAAAAGUGAGAAUAUAGAGAAAAUAAGCAACAGCAGUAAACAAAAUACAAAAGCAACCGAUAAGAACUUCACUGCGAGCAAUGCUAGUGCAGCGAAUACGACAGGGGACAUAGCCGGUGAAAAUAGCACUGCAGUAAGAAAUGAAACAAGCAAGAAACACGACGAUAGGGGGGUUUUUGAACCAGAUAUUGGCACAAUGAAAAAAAUGCCCGAGACAACAGAUAUUAAGCAUCACAUUUCUACUAGUGAUGACAAGACAAAUCACAAAGUCAAACAUGAGCCAGAAAAUUUGCUAAAAGGCAACGUUGCAGAGCAUAAAAUUGAUUCCGAUAACAUCCUCCAUGCAGUUUACAAUGUUAAGAAAAUAGAUGAUCAGAAGUUAAGCGGUGAAAAAAUAACAGUUCAAAAUGUUGGGCAGUAUCAUAUUGAUGAGCAGAAUACGUUACAUGCCGCUUACAAUGUGAAACCUCAGGCAUCAAACCAAAGCAUCGAGAAUUCAACAUCAGAGGCGCUAGUAAAGAACCUUGUGGGACAUCACAUUAACAACAACAGUGUUUUGAGCGCAGUUUACAAUAUGAAGAAAAUUGAUAGCAAAGAAAAUGAGAGUGGGGUGUCGAAAACUGUGGGCCAAAACAAAUCGGCGGGCGUAAAUGGAAUUACAAGAGGAAAAAUUCUAAAAACCAACAACAAAAUGCGAUCAAAGAAACAAGAAAACUCUGCAUUGAAAACAAAGCCAGCUGCUAAACAAAAGGUUGCGUCGUCAUCAAAACCUACAAGCAAAGCAGGUGGGAAACUACCAACAAGUGCAAAACGGUGGCAUCCAACUGGUACAACUACUACACAUUACAAGCAACGAAAUAAAAGGAAUAAGUCAAAGAGCAAAGUAUUCAAAGAUAGAGAAAAGAAAGGAAUACAUGUCACAAAGAAGGAUGAAAAACAGUUGACGAAAGCAGAUAACAUUGGGAAAAUGAAGAAAAAUUCAAAACGAACAGGCAAACCAGUUAAAGUUGUCAUCAUUGGCAAAGGUGAAAAUGCAGAAUUGAAGAAGCUCAGAAGAAUAGGUUUGGUUAUUCCUGAAGAAAAUGCGAAAGAUCCAAAAAAAAUAAGUGACAAAAAAAACAGUGGAGGCAAGCAAAAAAACAAAAAAAAUGGAAAAGCAAGUUCACAAGGUAGUGAUUCUGCAGUUAAUGAAAAGGAUACGGUGAAAAACAAAAAAGUAAAAACAGCAAAAAACAGUGUUGUGGCAAGUGCUCAGAUCAAGAAAAUGAAAGGAAAACAAACAAAGACUGCGAAGCCUACAAGUUCCGUGCACAAGGGCACUUCCAAGAACUACCACCCAACUUCUAAGAAAAGAGUCUCAAAAGUGACACAAAAGAGCCUUCCUCUAAAAAAGAGGGUGCCAUUACAAAAGGUACAUGGACCAAGAAAAGAAGCAAAAGAUAAUAACAGCAAUAAAGGAAACAAUGGGAAGGCAAAAGAUACAAAAAAGACAAAAGAAGAAAAGAACGUUGAGAAGGAAGAUGAAUAUGAGAAUGAGUUGAAGCAGAAGCAAAAGAGCAAGAAAGUACGAACAAUCUUCUUCCCACAGGUAUUUAUGAAGCGAAACAAAGUUUCUCGGCCUAUGAAAGGCUUUGGCAAAGCAAAAGGAAGGCAAUUGAUACCCACGCAAGUAGGAGAUAUUGAGCCGUCAAAAGACACCGAUCCCCAAAACGAGCCUACUUUUCAUGAUUCGGGCGCGAAGAUCUCAAACCUUGGCAAUGGCACAAAUCCAGGAAAUGCGUUGUAUGCAGAAAACAUUAAGGGAAAAGAGGGGGCAAGGAACGUAGGUGACGGAAAUAAAGCCAAUAAAACUGCAGGUGUAGAUGAAGACAGUAGCAAAAACACUUUGGAUGUCUCAAAUGACAGUAUCAAUAAUGUGCUCAACUUGACAGUCGGGUUUUUGAAUAAAACCUUUCAUGAUCAAUUUGGCAAAGGUUUAAAAGCCAAGCAUUACACAGAGGGGUUGAAUGACACAGCAGCUGGAACAAAUGCAACGCAAAAUAGUGGUACCAGUGAGCAUAAUAUUGCAAAUGGUACUGGAAAUUACGCAACAAAUGCCGCAGGCAAAAACAACACAAGCAGCGGAGCAGGCGCAGUUGAGGGGCCUAAAAGCAGCAACGGAACAGCCAAUGUCACAACAAACGGCGCAAUUGUAUCAGAGAAUGCCGGAAAUAACACAACAGGACAAAAUAUUAGUAAUUCACCCGUCCAAAACACAACAUCACCGAACACUGUUCCAACCAACGGUACUGUAAAUUCAACGGUGGUGCCACUGAAUAAAGAAUCGAAUGUGACCGAGGGAUUCCGGUCGGAAAGAAUUCCUGGUGUUUCAAAGGCAGCUGCUGUUUCAGAUAUGAUGUCGCCUAUAGAGAACUACAUAUUGAACAUGAUCAACGAGACGGGAGCAAAGCAUUUUGGGAAUCAAUCAAACACCGAAGGAAAAAGAGGUUCGCCAAAAGAUACAAACUCAACCGAAGGAAAUGGUAUAGCUUCUCUACUGUCGAAAAUUAAAUCUGGACAGCUCAAUUUGAAAUCAAAUGAAGUUAGUAUCAACCUGACGCCGAAGAAAGCCGUUAAAACAUUUUCGAAUAUUGCUAACAUAAAAGCUGGAGCAGGAUUGCUGUUGAAUUUGGCUGCCAAACGCAGCACGCUACACAAAAAGGUUGCAGCGAAGGCUCAAGUCAGUAGUUCAAAGAUAAAAUCGAAAGGGAGUGAUAACAGAAAGAAAGUACACGUUGAAACGAAGAAAGUGGUUGAAUAUAAAAAUAAGAAAAACAGAAAAUUGCCAACAGCCAAAGCCAGAAAGGCAAAGCCGACAUUAAAAGGGAUGACUUCAGCUGCCCCAAAGGUGAAAGGAACAAAGCAGCAAGAGGUACAAAAGAAAGAGAAAAGUGAUAUAAAGAAAGCAAGUAACAGCAAACCAAAAGCAGCAGCCAAGAGUGGUAUACGAUUUGCCACCACACAUAAGGUGCAGAAAAUAUCCACGUUUUCAAGUGGGCCUAAAAGUGUUGGCUUUGCAAAGGGCACCUCAAGUGAUAACACUACUAAGGGGCCUAAAGGGAAAAAUAUUAAAAGCUUAAAUGAGAAAAUACCAGCUGCAAUUGCUAAACCAGAUAAAAGUAAUUCAUCGUCUGCCCAAACAGCAUUAACAUCGCAAAAGAAAAAGAAAGAGACAAAAGAUUCAAAAAAGUUGGAAAAGGUGGUGAAAGAUAAGCAAAAGAAGGCAGCCGCUGCCUCUGUGAAACCAAAGAAAGAUGCUAGUGUACUAGCAAGCAAGGCUGCGACAGGAUCCAAAAACAAAAAUGCCGAUUUAAAAGGCAAAGGAACAGGAAUGAAUAAAAGAAAAUUACCAGGAAAAGACAAACAUUUGAAGGGACAGGCAAAAAGACAAAAUACUUCGGACAAAAACAAGUCAACUUCACAACAGCAAAGUGGUUUCCCUUUAAAGAUAAACGGCACAAAAAAUGAUUGGGGACCAGUCAGUGAGAACUGGCCUAACUUUAGCCUGGGGUAAAAUCUGGUCGCGAAAAAAUAAACAUUUUAAAAUGUAAAGAAAUCAGCAGAGGUUGCUACUGACGUCAUACAACUUAACUGCAACGAAGCUUCAAAAGCUUUUCAAGAUUUAACGGACAGCAAGAAAAACUAUAAUCUUGAAUUUUCAAGAAACAACGAGAUAAAUUUCAAGAGUAAUUGUCAAAGAACUGUUUUUAACAGUGAGAAAUAACAAGCCUCGGAGCUUAUUGACAUUCUGAUGAUCAUUAGUGAUCUGUUACAUAGAGUACUUAUCGCUAUAAAAAAUGGAGAACCUGUUCUUUACUCCACUGUAGGCUCUAUUUGUUAGGAGACAGUGUGUAAACAAAGCAGCUCGCAUGUGUAAAAACACUUUAAUUUUUCUAACAAUACUAUCUCUAUAAAUGAAUUAUUUCUACCUCUAAAAAUAAUUUACAACUUGCGAAAUUUAGAACAAUAUAUCUGUAGAGCUUGGGUAGGACAGCAAGGUCAAGGCAAAAAAGGGACAAGAUAUUCUUUGGAAAUUCGUUUGUUCUAUUGUAAUAUUCCCCAUCAGAUAUUUGAGUGAAAACGUAAUAUUUGCUUUGCCCUUGAAAUUUUGCAGUAACGCUCCUGAGUAUAGGAUAAGUGCCUACGAUUCGAGAGAAAAUAAAAAAACAAAGCAACAAUUUUUUCAACAUUUUUUGAAAAUAAUGACCCUUUGCACCAAAUAAGUAAUAAUAAGUAAGUAAGUAAGGAGUGUGGAGACAAUAAGUAAGGAUUAUAUAUAUUUUGGUUCCAACAUAGUUGUAUUUGAGGGUAAUUGUUUGACACCGGGAUGGUGGGUUGCCACUCGCAUUAGAAGGCGUUUCGCGUUCGUCUCCCCAAAAAGUAAAGGAACAACGACAGCUGUUUGAUCUUAAUUUGAAUGCAAAGUUAGAAUUAAACUUAACAGAUUGUUUAAUCAGUUAUCACACAAUUUUUAACGUCAUUGAUUCAAUUACUGGAAAUAGACGGAUCUAUAUGUAAAACGUUUGUUUUUUAAACAUUCACAGAUUAGGUGAUUUGGUGUCACCUACAGACGGCAGUCCUAACUUUACGUUUAAACUGCUUUUAAAAAGAAGUUCUGUGAACACUUCAAGCUUUAGAAAGUUGUAUAUACAGUAUAAAUCAAGAAUAAAGAUGCUAGUUUCGUA